AUGGCACUGCAAACCAAGUCACGGAACAACAGGAGGUCUUCUUCAUCUACGUCUUACGCAUCAACCUUGACAACAUUAGUCUUUGUCGCACUAUGUGUUUUGGGUAUAUGGAUGCUAACCUCCAACUCUGUUGUCUCACCCAAAACACGUGCAGCCAUUGAUAACUCUGAAACCAUCAAUGACUUAUCUUCCACUGAAGACCCAGUUGAUACCACAACAACAACAACAACAAGAAGCAAUUCAGAUGAUUCAACUGAAACCACCACCACCGCUACCACAACAAGUAACUCAGAUGAUUCACUUGAAACCACCACCACCACCAUUUCAGAGGAGCCACCUGAAACCACCACCACCACCAAAAGCCAAGACCAAAAGGACACUACCGUUUAUGGAGACAACCCUGGUAAUCUCCCUGAUGAUGCUAUCAAGAGUGGUGAUGUAAACACCAUUACUAAUACCAACAAUGACCCACAAAAACAAGAGGCUACCUCUCAGAUAUCAGAGGAAAGCUCAUUAACUCAAAAACAAGAAGCUUCCAUAACAAACGAAGCAGGUUCAGAUAAUGAUCAGAAAAUGGCAGAGCCUGAGAAAGAUGAAACUCAAGUAUCUGAAGGAAACCAAAAGGAUGAAAACACAGAAUCUCAGAAUGCAAACGCAGGAGAAAAUCAAGAACAAAACACGGGUGGUCAAGAUGUUCAAAGUUUUGACACUCAAGGAUUAUCUAAAAACAAUGAAGAUGAAGCGAAUGAACAACAACUAAGAGAAGACAAAGGUGAGAUCACAGAAAAGAAAAAGCCCAAUGAGGAACAAAAGGAAAACCACAACUUACAAGAUGAGAGUCAAGAAAGACAUAAGCCAAAACCAGAGAAGAAUAGAAGGAAAUCGAGCAAGAAGGAGUCAAAGAAAUCGUGGUCAACACAAGCAGAUGAGUCUCAGGGUGAAAAGGAGAGACAGAAAGAUGAAACAGAAUCAAGUGGUGCUGAGGAAACGCAAGAUUUGAAGUGGAACCUUUGCAAUGUCACUGCUGGUGCUGAUUUUAUCCCAUGUUUGGACAAUGAAAAAUAUUUAAAGCAUUCACCAAGAAAACACUACGAACACAGGGAGAGGCAUUGCCCUGAGGAUGCACCUACUUGCUUGGUGGCACUUCCCAAUGGUUACAAAACACGCGUCCAAUGGCCUAACAGCAGAGACAAGAUAUGGUACCACAAUGUACCACACACGAAGCUAGCAGAGGUUAAGGGACACCAGAACUGGGUAAAGAUGACGGGUGAGUUCUUGACAUUUCCUGGAGGUGGGACCCAGUUCAUUCACGGUGCUCUCCACUACAUUGAUUUUCUUCAACAGGCUGAAGCUGGCAUUGCAUGGGGGAAGCACACUAGGGUGAUUUUGGACGUUGGGUGUGGGGUGGGUAGUUUUGGAGGUUACCUGUUUGAAAGAGAUGUUAUUGCUGUGUCUUUUGCACCCAAAGAUGAGCAUGAAGCACAAGUGCAGUUUGCUCUUGAGAGAGGGAUACCAGCCAUAUCUGCUGUCAUGGGCACUCAAAGGCUGCAAUUCCCAGGCCGAGUCUUUGAUCUUGUUCAUUGUGCACGCUGUCGAGUACCUUGGCAUGAAGAAGGUGGCAAGUUGCUUUUGGAAUUGAAUCGUGUUCUUAGACCAGGGGGUUAUUUUGUCUGGUCUGCUACUCCUGUUUACCAGACGCUGGAAGAAGAUGUUGCGAUAUGGAAGCAAAUGAGCUCAUUAACCAAGGCAAUGUGUUGGGAUCUCGUGACCAUAAAAAAGGAUGCACUGAAUCAAGUUGGUGCUGCCUUCUACCGCAAACCAACUUCAAACGAAUGCUACGAGCAAAGGGAGCAAAACCAACCUCCAAUAUGCAAAGAUGAUGAUGAUCCAAAUGCUGCCUGGUAUAUACCUCUACAGGCGUGCAUGCACAGGUUGCCUGUUGACAAGACUGUGAGAGGAACCAAAUGGCCUGAAGCUUGGCCUAGUAGACUGCAGAAAGCCCCUUAUUGGUUAAACAACUCUCAAGAUUUUGCAGCAGACAAUGAACAUUGGAAAAACGUUGUAGAUGAGUUGAGCAACAUUGGUGUCACUUGGUCUAACGUAAGAAAUAUCAUGGACAUGCGAGCUGUCUAUGGAGGAUUUGCAGCAGCUCUGAAGGAUCUUCCUGUUUGGGUAUUCAAUGUGGUGAACGUAGAUUCAGCGGACACACUUCCAAUCAUUUAUGAACGGGGUCUUAUUGGAAUAUACCAUGAUUGGUGUGAAUCCUUCAGCACCUAUCCACGAACUUAUGAUCUACUGCAUGCUGAUAAUCUUUUCUCAAAUCUAAAGAAUAGGUGCAAACUUGUUCCUGUUAUAGCAGAGGUUGAUAGAAUACUCCGACCAGAAGGUAUGUUGAUUGUCCGAGAUGAACCCAGUGCCAUUGGCGAAGUGGAGAAUUUGUUGAAAUCCAUGCAUUGGGAAAUAACCUCCAAAAACCAAGAGGGGUUGCUUUGCGCCAAGAAAGCAACCUGGCGACCCGAUUCUUAUGUAACUUUGUACUGAUCAUGGAGACAACGUUGGUGGUUCAAUUUAAGAUUUGUUUUCAGACAAGCUGUGCACUGGUUCAACAUGGGGUUUGGUCUUUCAUUCGACCUCCUAUGGCACAACAGUUUUCCGCAAAAUCACACCAUUUUAACCUAUGUACAUCAUUCACGCACUACCACAAAAAAGGAGAUGCUGUAAGACACCGACCAUAUAAAAUGUCAUUGUCUAGUUAUUCUCUUCGAUGCUUGCAUUCAGAGCUAGCGAUUUGUUACAUCAAUAGAUUAUUUAACAGAACAAUACUCUGGCAAAUAAUAGUAUAUAGUCAUGUACCUG